AUGUUCGUGAGUCCCAAAAUCAGGGACGAAUCCAGGAAUUCGUCCCCAAAAUCGCCGGCGACACAACCGAGGCGACCCCUCUACUCUCGCCCUCUAAAUCCCCCCUUCCUCACUCUUCCAGCGCCCAAUCCGCCGCCUCGAUCUGACCAUGGCUCCGGUUCCAUUGAAGCCCUCGCCCAGCCUCGAGGCCCGCGACAUCGUCCGCGACGCCGUCCGCGCCAACUUGUCGCCACCCUCGCCUCACCCACCGCUCUGCCGCUGCGGGACGACCGGAUCCAGACCGAGGUCAAGUUCGGGGCGACCGUCGACCCCGGCCUCGACCUCGCCCUCGCCCUCGCCGCGCUCAGGGUCCUCUGCUGCGAGGAGAUCGACGGGAGGAGGUGGAGUUAUGUGCUGGACGACGUGGAAUGCCCGCCCGGAACUAAGGCGCGGAAGGGACCGUCUCUGCGCGCCGUCCCGAUGCAGAGCCCCGUGGAUCCCUUGGAGGAGUUGAUGUCAUUCGUAAGAUCGUAUGUAGUGCCUGAAGGUUUUCCUGACAGUGUGACACCUUCUUAUGUCCCAUAUAUGAGAUGGAGGGCUUUGAAGCAUUUCUUUGGUGGAGCCAUGGGUGUUUUCACAACACGGACACUGUUAAACUCUGUAGGAGUAUCCAAAAAUACAGCUGCAUCAGGUGCUGUUGCCAUCAAUUGGAUACUCAAGCCAAGGAGAUUUGAUGGAGAUCAAAGAUUUUGUGGCACACGAAGAUGACUAUAUGUAUUCUUAGUGUUGUUGGAUGGAUGAUGGACUUAUAAAACAUUGGGUUGUUGAACUUUGUAUCAUAUUUUCUAGCAGCUUGAAUAAGAUGGAUCUUGUAAACUUUGUUGAAAUCUUUAUAUUUCUUGAAUUAUGAGUUGAUGUGUUGAAUGUUAAAUUAGGAUGUGUUGAAU